AUGGAGCAGCAAAUGACGAUGACAAAAGGUCGUGAGGUAGAAGUGCGUUCUGAAGAGGAAGGCUUCCAAGGCGCUUGGUUCAGAGCGGUAUUGGAAGAAAACCACACUACGCUUUCAGGAAGAAAGAAGCUUCGUAUUCGUUACAUGACUUUGCUAACCGACGACGGUUCUUCUCCGCUAAUCGAACAGAAAUUCAUUCGACCGGUGCCGCCGGAAGAAGAACACAUCGGAGUCGUUUUGAAGGAAGGAACAGUCGUCGACGCCGAUCACAGAGGUGGGUGGUGGACUGGUGUGAUUCUGAAGAAGAAACCAGAAGAUGAUACCUUUUUGGUUUUAUUCGAUUCCCCACCAGACAUUAUCCAGUUCAAGAGAAACCAGUUGCGGGCUCAUGUUGACUGGACCGGUUGCAAAUGGGUCCGACCAGGAACAGAGGAAUUGGAUAAGUCCAUGUUUUGCCCCGGGACAAUAGUGGAAAUCAGCUCUGUGAAAGAGAAUAUGGAAGUUGUGUGGGUCCCUGCAAUGAUAGUGAAAAAGGUUGGCGAGAAGAAAUUCAUUGUGAAGGAUUGUAAUAAAAAGUCGAUCUACAAUGGUGGUGAUGCGGCAAUCUCAACCGCAACUGUUGAUAUGUGCCGUGUUAGACCAACACCGCCUCCUGUUUUGUCUCGACACUAUGAAUUGUUGGAAUGUGUAGAGGCGUUUAAUGGUUUGGGAUGGCGUCAAGGGCUUGUGACGAUAGUUCUCUAUGGACAUCGGUACAUAGUUAGAUUCGAGGCUACAAAGAAGGAAGCCGUUUUUCAACGGUCGGAUGUUAGACCUUUGAGGGUGUGGGAAAAUGGGGUUUGGCAUAACGGACCAAAGCAAAAUCCUGUAAAAGAAACUCCAAAGAAGCCAAUGCGCUCUUCCUCUGGUGCUAAGAUGCAGCUGCUUGAGGAGGAGAAAGACAAAGAAGAGAGUAGAAAAAGGAAAAGAGACCAAAAACAGAACGAGAGUGAUGGGAGUUGCAACGAUGGUGAUGUUGUUGAUCAGCCUUUCUCUCCUUGGACAGGAAACCUAACUACUGUUUGGCCGUUUGCAAUGAAGUCGCCGUAUUGGAAGACAUGUGAAUCCAUGGAAGGUUUUAAGUCAGUGCCACCACAACGGCCUCACUUCAGCCCAUUGCUUGAAGCUAGAGACGAUCUCCGUGAAUGGGCAGCAGUUGGCAUGAUGGUGACCUUUUACGGGUUACUGGACCAAGUCAAAGAUCUGAAACCUCAUGAUUCCACCAGCAAGAUCAGCGGUCUCAGUGUUUCCUUGGCCAAUCUAGAGAAGAAUGGUUUCGACGUUGCAGCAGCUCAGUCACGGAUCGCUAGACUGUCGUCUCUCAAAGGUGUGCGAGAUGAGAAAGCUGAAGAGAAAAGACGUUUUGAGGACAAGAUUGGAGAGAAAAGGAGUGAGAGUCACAGGUUAGAAGAAACAAGGGCUGAGCUUAAAUGCAAAAUUCUUGAGCUGCAAAGACUAUAUGCUGCUGCAGAAGAGACCAAGGAAGCGGUUGACCAAAGUAUGGUUGAAAUGAAAUCAAGUUCAGAAAUUAUCGCUCAGGAGAUUGAAGAUAAUGAGCUUGAGUUUCGAGAAACUGCCUCGGCUCUAUGGUAA